CUGGACAGAACCUUCCAUGCUCUGAGCCAUCCAGCCGCAGGCCUGUGUGCCCUGGCUGACCAGGUGCCCCAUCGACCCAUGGGUCCCAGCUGGGGUCUCUCUGGAGUCUGGCUCCCAGGCCUCUCCCUGGAGCCCCAGCCAGCUGCUUGGGGGUCUCUGCUGGACCUGCGGGGUCCGGGGAGGAGUGCUGGGCUUCCCCUGAGAACCGUGUGCCCUCAGCCUGGGCAGAGGCAGUGGUCAGACCCUCUGUCCGGGCCCUGGUGGCCCCGGCACCUGCAGGUCCAAGUUCCUGAGCGACAAGUGGAUGCUGCAGAAGGGCUUCCUGAAUGAGGAGGACGUCCUGACGAAGAAGCCAUGGUGGUGGCACCUCAGAGUCCAGGAGCUGAGCCUGCCAAUUCCGCUGACAGUGCUGCCCACGGUCACCUGUGAGCACACCAUGGAGAUCCUCCGCGAGAAGGGCUUCGACCAGGCACCCGUGGUCGAUGAAUCGGGGGUGAUCCUGGGGAUGGUGACUCUUGGGAACAUGCUGUCGUCCCUGCUCGCUGGGAAGAUUCGGCCAUCGGACGAGGUCCGCAAAAUCAUCUAUAAGCAGUUCCAACAGGUACGGGCUCCGUUCCACUCGAGCCGUGGGCGCCUGAGAUCCGGCUCUGUCCUCGAAGGCACGGCGCAGCACUUCCCAUGCGAGGGGGCCGUGUCCCCAGCCUUCAGCACCAUGUGGGGUGUCAGCAGGCUGAUGCUGGCUACACCUCCAUCAAACCCAUAAAUCUGAGGACUCGCCCCUACUUUGCAAAUGGAGCCGCUCAGGUGGGGAGGGGCUCUCAUGGGGGGCUCACCAGCGUCCACUGUGUUUCUGCAAUCCCUGGGGGUCAUUAGCAAACCCAGCCCGGGGACCAUCCUCUCAGCCAUGUGGGGCAUCAGCCAGCGUGAUUGUUUCCAUAACGCUUGGCCCUAAUUUUUCCAGGGCAUGCGUUCAUUUAAGAAUACCUGGCGUGCCUAAUUAUUUAGUAAGAACGAGAAUGUUCCGGAAAUACGGGUGUCACCCCUUGCUGUGUCAGGGCUGGUCAGACCACCUGGUCAUCCUGAGACAACGGUGGCCACCCUCUGAUGGGCCUGAGCAGAACCACCUGGACGCUGAUCUUGGUGUCCCUGAGGGUGGGGGAGUCAGGACACUCUCCCAGUGGCACCUGACAUUUCAUAACCAUAUUCCCCUCCCACCUGCCAGUGAGCAGCAUUGGCAGCUUGUUGGCUGUUUGGGGUGUUUUAGGUCUUAUUUUGGCUUUGUGUGUGUGUGUGUGUGUGUGAGGAAGACUGUCACUGAACUAACAUCUGUGCCAUCUUCCGCUCUUUUGUAUGUGGGGUGCCACCACAGCAUGGCUGAUGAGCAGUGUGCAGGUCUGUGCCCGGGAUCUGAACCUGUGAACCCCGGGCCGCUCAAGCAGAGUGUGUGAACUAAGCACUUGGCCACUGGGCCAGGCCCUUGUUGGCUGUUUCAUAUCAGGAAGGCUAAGGAGUUGAGCCCAAAUCUGGGAAGGAAUUUGGUUUUCCUCAUUCCCCGUCACACCCACAGCUGACAUGUCACCAGAAUCCAUGUAUUUCUCACCAUCUCCACCCCCGCUGCCCUCGCCUCUCGCGUGGUCCCUGCAGACCCCUCACCCCUUCUCCUCCAGCUCCUGCAGCUGGAGAGACUGCAGAAGACAGGGGCGGGUCCUGCUCUCCCGGCCCUGGCAGCCCCCUGGGAGAGGCCCUCGGCCUCUCCUGAUUUGGACAUGAAUGUACACCCACGAAGCCAUCACCACAAUCAAGAGUGAACGUCUCCGUGGCCCCAAAGGCUUCCUCGUGCCCCUUGAGCCUCCGCCCCUCCCUGACCCCGUCCCUGGGCACACUCAUGUGCUUCCUGUCACGGUAGACGGUGUCUGCACACAGCCCUACGUGUGGACCCCUUGCCUGGCUUCUUGCACGCAGCACGGUGUUGAGACCCAUCUACAGCGAGGCGUGCACACUGUCCCUUACUUUCCGUGGCAGAGUCCGGUUCCCUUGUGUCUCUGGCCUUCGUGUUGAUUCUCCACCGUGUGUGCCUGGCCCCUCCCUCAGGGAAGGCCUGAGCCUGCGCUCCUGCAUCCCGCAUCCCGGGACCCGGCCUCCUCUGGCUCUGCUGCCCCUCUCUACUGGGAUGGGUAUCUGCUCUGGUGGGCACCACGAUUUUCUGUUUUGUUUUCAUGCUGGCAGAGCUGAGGGCCAAAGGGCAGAGCUGG